UCAGGUGGGAGAAAAACAGCUUCCGCUCGUGUAAAGUUAAGUCCUAGUGCAACUGAAAAUCUUUUUAUAAAUGGGAAACCAGCUGAACUUUAUUUUCAAAAUAAUAAAGCAUUAUUACAUAAUAUAUUUCAAGUAUAUCAACUAAUAGAAACCUCGACUAAAUAUAAUGCUUAUAUUUCUGUCAAUGGGGGUGGUUUAAGUGCACAAGCUCAAGCUAUUAGAUUAACAUUAUGUAAAGCGUUUAUCGAACUUAUUCCAGAAUUAAGAGCUUCUUUUAAAGCGCAAGGUUUUUUAACUCGGGAUGCUCGUAUUAAAGAACGACGUAAAUAUGGAUUAAAAAAAGCGCGAAAAGCCCCACAAUACUCAAAACGUUAA